CUCCGACGAGCAGCGAGUUGGAGACACUAAGAGCUAAAGUGGUCUUGUGCUUUGAGGCUGCAGCGACUGCAACCGGGUGCACAAUGAAGACAGAACCUGUCGGGAAAAUAUACAAGAACGUCGUCUGUAACCCAAUUCUUGGGAAAAUGUACGAGCAAAACUAUCGCCAGUUGGGCGUGACUGAUUAUGAGUACUCUGGCGAUUUGACGGCUUCGACUGAUUUUGGUAAUUUUUCGCAAGAAGUCCCCGGGCUUCAUCCUCGUUACUGCGUGGGUGGAGGGAAAGUGGCAACUCAUAGUCCUCCAUUUGCGGGCGUGGCUAACACUCUAGAGUCUCACGCUAAGACUUUACUGGUUGCAACAACUCUGGGCAUGACUUGUGUUGAUGUGUUGAAGGGAGGGGAGAAAUUGCUGAGUGAGAUAAAGGAGGAAUUUGAUAAACAAAUGGCAGCUUUAAAGUGAUGUAAUAUCACUGUUAUUAAUUCAUUGACUUGCUGAAUAAUAAAUAUUGCAUUGAUAAUUUGCUGAAUAUAAAUGAAAAA